AGGUGUAGGGGUGCGGUAGGGACAACGGCUGUGUGCGGGUUUGGGCUUUCGCGGGGUAACCGGUCUUCCUUGUACGAAGGAAGCGGGAGGGCAUGAGGGCUUGGAUCUUGUUAGAACCCCCUUGGUCCUGAGAGACUGGCUUGCAGGGAGCGAGGCGUGAGCGAUACUAGGAGAGGCGUGAGAGGGCGCCUAAGGAAGGGUGUGUCCUUUCGACGUCUUGCCAAAAGUGGUGUGCCCGCGAGAGUUAUGCUCGUCCAUCGGCUUCAUGGCGCAUGCAUGUCGUCCCACGCGGGAAUUUGAUACGCCGCUCUAGCUUGGACUGUGUAAGCGUGUAGCUUACCCGCUUAGUCACUACAUAGUUUACGAUGUCUUCAUCACUUACAAAGCGCAAGCCGCUGACCGAGCCUAGCACAGAUGUAAGCAACCCUCAGAACGAAAAAGCCCAGGAGCCAGCUGGUGUUGCUCAAGAGCCUCGGCAUUGUCCGUCGCGGAAGGGGCUGUCGUUGCUGCAGCAGUUGCUUGUAGCGCUAAUACUUCUUGCUGCUGGAUGUUUUGCCUCGUGGCGGAUCUAUGGGUGCUGGCCUUUCCUUAGUGGUCCGAGAGUCUUCAGCAAGGCGGAGUUAUCGCACUAUGUUGGAAAAAGCGACUCAGCGUUGUACUUGGCCAUCCUGGGGGAGGUCUUCGAUGUGACGAAGGGGAGGCGCUUUUACGCCGCCGACAAGGGCUACGGAUUCUUCGUGGGUCGCGACGCCAGCCGGGCCUUCGUGACAGGUGACUUCGAGGGCGACUUAACGGAUGACGUGGCAGAUCUCUCCCCCGAGCAAAUCAAAUCCAUCGUGGAAUGGCGCGACUUCUAUCACAAGACGUACACUUACAAGGGGCGGCUGGAGGGCCCCUUCCACGACGCUCGGGGCCGACCCACGGGUCACCUCCGCUGGGUGGAGCAGCAGGCAGCCCGGGCCAAGAGCGCCGAGGAGCAGCAGCGGGAGCUGGAGGCGCAGUGGCCGUCUUGCAACGUGCGGUGGACGGAGUCGGAGGGCAGUACCGUAUGGUGCGAGGGCGGUGCCUACCCGCGCAAGCUCAUCUCCACCCUGCCCGGCGGCUCCGGGGGCCCAGCGGGUGCCUCCGGUGCCGCCUCCGCACCCGGCAAGACCACCACCUCCCGUUGCGCCUGUUUUGAGGAGGUGGGCUGGUCGGAUGUGCGGCAGUUGUACGCGGGGUGCCCACCCGACCAGCAUAGCUGUAAGAUCCUGGAGCAGCAUGCCUCGUAGACCGCGUCUUGUUGAGGGUCCCACUCGUGGUCCUAGUUGAUCGUCCUUGUGAGUUUGUUGCGGUGAAGCAAAAGACGUGCGAACUUGUAGAUGGCGUCGUUUCGACAUCUAUUUGAAUCAAGUUUGUGAGCCCCAGGCAGAGGUGUUAUUGGCGAACGGGAGAGUGACACAAUUUGCCAAACAGUGCAUUAUUCCCUGGUAGUAUCGGUCAUAAGGGUUGACGGC